CCGCUGAGCUCCAUGUAAACAAACACACACUGGGCAUGCGUCACCGGAAUAAUGGAGGACCGUCUUUUCUACCCGGACUGAUGAUGUCUGUAUUUUUACUCUACUACCUGUGAUCUGAGAACGCAACAACUCAUCACCGUUUUAACGUGUAGGUGGGGUCAGACUGACAAUCCCAAGAUGACCACAGAUCCACCAGCCCAAAGCGUGUGCUCCAGGAUAAUGACGUUCACCCCCUCCAAAGAGGAGUUCAAAGACUUCAGCCGUUACAUUGCCUAUAUGGAGUCACAAGGAGCACACAAAGCUGGAAUGGCAAAAGUUAUUCCGCCGAAAGGCUGGAAACCUAGACGGACAUAUGAUGAUAUUGAUGACCUGGUGAUUCCCGCUCCCAUUCAGCAGGUGGUGACCGGCCAGUCAGGACUGUUCACGCAGUACAACAUCCAGAAGAAGCCAAUGACCGUCCAUGAGUUCCGCAAGACCUCCAACAUGGACAAGUUUUGCAGUCCUAGAUACGUGGAUUUUGACGAGCUGGAGAGGAAGUUUUGGAAGAACCUGACCUUCAACCCGCCCCUUUAUGGAGCUGAUGUCAGUGGAACACUGUAUGAUCCAGAUGUGACGGAAUGGAACAUUGGCCAUCUUAACACCAUUCUGGAUACUGUGGAGAGUGAGAGUGGCAUCAAGAUCAAAGGAGUCAACACACCAUACCUCUAUUUUGGCAUGUGGAAGAGUGCCUUCGCGUGGCACACAGAGGACAUGGAUCUGUACAGCAUCAACUACCUGCACUUUGGAGAGCCGAAGUCCUGGUAUGUUGUCCCACCUGAGCAUGGGAAAAGACUGGAACGACUUGCCAAGGGUUUCUUUCCUGGAAAUGCUCAGAGCUGUGAAGCUUUCCUGCGCCACAAGAUGACUUUAAUUUCCCCCUCAAUCCUGAAAAAAUAUGGCAUACCAUUUGAGAAGGUCACCCAGGAGGCUGGGCAGUUCAUUGUGACAUUCCCAUUUGGCUAUCAUGCUGGUUUCAACCAUGGAUUCAACUGUGCUGAGUCGACCAACUUUGCCACCCAGCGAUGGAUUGAUUACGGCAAACAGGCAACACUGUGUUCGUGCCGGCAGGACAUGGUGAAGAUCUCCAUGGAUGUGUUUGUACGCAAGUUUCAACCUGAUCGUUACAAGCUAUGGAAAGCAGGAAAAGACAGCACUCCCAUUGACCACUCCAAACCCACACCAGAGGCUGCUGAGUUUCUGAAAGAAAACAAGAUCGAGCCUCCAAAGAGACCCAGUGAAGCUGGAUCUGAGCACAGUACCCCUAUCCAGGAGGACAAAAGUCCAAAGCCUCAGCCUGAGACAAAGCUACAGCUUGAAGCUAUUGAAACCUGUGAGGACAUCAAACCUGAGCCAGCCAAGGAUGAUGAAGAGGUGGAGCCAAAGAGGGCCAAGCUUUUGCACAAGGAGUCGCCGCCUAAAAUUCCUCUCAAGGCCGCUAAAGACACAGUGAAAGUCAAGCCAGAACCCAAGAAAGAGCAAGAUGCCAAGCUGCAGCCUAAAUCCCAGUCUAAAGCUACUAAGAAAACUUCAAACAAACGAAGCCCUCCUAAAAAGGAGAAGAAUGAUGUGUCAGCUGCAGUGGUUUGUCCUUCGGAGCCUUUUGAGAGCCAGGUGGUGGCUCCGCGCUCUGAGGAGGUGGCCAGCAAUGAGGAGCCCCAGCUGGGCAGCAGCUGCAGCCCUGCUCACAAACUGUUUCAGAGAACGCUGAGCCCUGCAGAUGUCCUGCAUGUUCACAGCUAUGCCAAAGGAGACUAUGGAGAGGGAGAAACCCCACCCAAGGAGGAAAAGAAGAGUGAGGGCAGUGAUAACGAGACUGAAAAAGGCAACAGACAUGUUAGCAAAACACAGGUGGCAGAAGAGGUGUCUGGAGAUGGAGAGCCUGAGAGUGAUCUAGGACAGCUCCCUGGACACCAUCCACUCAUAAAGGAUGGCAUGAGCGAUGAAGAGGCUUCACAGGAGCCCUCACCAGUAGAGGGGGCUGGUCUCGAAGGGGAGAGCUGGGCUAAACCUCUGGCUCACCUGUGGCAGAACAGACCUCCCAGCUUGAAGAAAGAGAGGGAGUACAACCAGCGCAUGUGCUCCAAACCGCCAUACUGCUCAAUAUGUAUGCUGUUCUACACAUACCAGCAGACUGAAUGUGCAAACAGUGUAGACAGUCCUGUCAUAGUGGCUGAUGGCCGGAUGCGGACCAGACCCCUGAUCCCGGAGAUGUGUUUCACCACCACCACAGAAGAGGACUCUGAGUGUAAGGAGCAGCCCGUCACACCUCAUCUAGAGGAAGAUGGAACGAGCCUCCUCAUCAGCUGCUCUCAGUGCAGCGUCCGUGUUCACACCAGCUGUUAUGGUGUGGAUCCAGCCAGUGUGACCAAGGAGUGGAAAUGUGCACGCUGCAAGGCCAACGCCAUGACUGAGAAUUGCUGUUUGUGUUCACUGAGAGGCGGAGCCUUGCAGAAAGCCAACAACAACAAGUGGGUACAUGUGUUGUGUGCAGUGGCUGUGUUGGAAGCCCGCUUUGUCAACAUCACUGAAAGAAGUCCUGUGGAUUUAAGUGGAAUCCCUUUGCAGAGAUUUAAACUGAAAUGUUACUACUGUAAGAAGCGGAUGAAGAAGGCAUCUGGCUGCUGCGUGCAGUGCUCUCAUGGCCGUUGUCCCACUGCCUAUCACCCCACCUGUGCCCAAGCUGCUGGAGUACUCAUGCAGCCAGAUGAGUGGCCGUUUGUGGUCCAUGUUACCUGCUGUCGACACAAAGGCCCCACUCAGACUGAGCGCAAUAAAGCAGCCAUGCAUGAGCUGACUGUGGGACAGAAGGUGAUAUGCAAGCACAAGAAUGGCCGCUACUACCAGUGUGAUGUGGUGCAGCUAUCCAAGGAGACGUUCUAUGAAGUCAACUUUGAUGACGGCUCCUUCAGCGACAAUCUUUUCCCUGAAGACAUUGUGAGCCGAGACUGUGCUCAGCUUGGACCCCCACCUCAGGGUGAAGUGGUUCAGGUGCGAUGGACGGACGGCCUGGUGUAUGGGGCCAAAUUUGUGGCAGCUCAUGCCAUCCACAUGUACCUGGUGGAAUUUGAGGAUGGAUCGCAGCUAACAGCCAAGAGAGAUGACGUUUACACUCUGGAUGAGGAACUCCCCAAGAGAGUCAAAUCCAGACUAUCUAAAGCAUCAGACAUGAGAUUUGAUGGGAUCUUUGAAGAAAAGGAGAUCAUCCAGGAGUCAAAAAGACAGAGAGUGAUCAACUCACGCUACAGAGGGGACUAUAUAGAGCCUGUGAUUUACAGAGCCAUCAUGGAGUAACCCUCGCUUCCUGUCUGCUCAACACCACAUGACCAGCACUGAUAGACUGAACUGUGCUCCCUGUACCUUAACUUAGCAGCUAGAAACUGAGAGUGUAGCUCCAGGUGACUUCCUUCAGGACCCUCUUUGGACUGUUCUCUAUUUUUUACUUCUCAUUCAUCUGUUUUUGUUAAGACAGAGAGAAUUCUAUUUGCUUUGUUUGACUGUGAUCAACACAAGAGCAGUAUUUUUAUUUUAGUGUUUCACUAGGAAUCCACACACAGUGCAGUAGGCUGACAUCCAGCCCUGGUAGUACAUAAAAGUAGGAAGCAAUAUAUAAAUGGCAUUUGUUCAGUGAAGUAGCAUUCUCUUGGUGAGUCACCUUUCAAAAAAGACACAACUGUAGUUAAAAUUUAAUCUACAGUAAUAUGUUAAAUUAAUUGCUUUCUGCUAAACAUUUCAAUAAAACGCUUUAAGUUUAAA